CCGCCCGCCCCUGCCCGUCCCGUGCCCCGCCAGUAGCCGGUCGGCCGCCGCGACGUGCGAACCAACACGGAGCGCCGCGAGCAACGCGAGCGCGAAGGAGUGCGUACGCGUCCUAGAGGUGAAGUGGAGCCGAAGAGCGAAGUGUGAAGUGGAGGCGGUGGCGCGCCUCGCGUCAUGCGCGACAACCCGUGGCCCAGCAUCCCCCGAGGACUGCAGCACGCGCGCCGGUCCCUGCGCUCCCUGGUGGCUCAGGCCAAGCGCAGCAGCUCCGGGUCGACGCCGUCCCCGUCCCCGGCGCCCUCGCCGUCCAUCCCCAGUUCCCGCCCCCGGUCGCUGUCCCUGGCGCCGCAGCAGCCCCCGCGGGCCUCCCCCUCCCCGCGCACCCCCAGCACCCCCAGCCCCGGGGCGCGGCUCCCGCCCACCGCUACUGGAUACGCGAGGUCGCCGUCGACGACGCCGACUCGGGCGGGCGGCAUGACGCUGCCCCCGCAGAGGCCCGCCCGCCGCUUGCCGGUGGUGCACAGCGUGAGGGACUACCCCGAGCACCUCAACCCCUUCCGGGACGAUGUCGACGAGGACGGCUCGGCCGUGCCGCCGCCCCUCCCCGGCAUGGAGGACGACGAGCCGACGCUGAGGCCGACCCAGGACAAGUUUGGCACGUGGACGGUGCCCCGCCGGCGGUCACACCUCAACUUCGAGCAGACGUGGUCCUCCAGAGAGUACCCGUCGACGGCUGCCACACCGCCUUCGCCGGCGUCGCGGGGACACAACGGAACAGCCGCCCCACCCCGCCCGCCCGUCGGCCCCCGCCUCGCCGCCGGCCCGAGCACCAGCGGAGCUCCCACUCCCGCGCCCAGGCCGCCCGUCAAGCCGCGCAAGAAGAGGAAGGCCCCGCCGCCGCCGCCGCCACCCAAGGCCCAGCAGAGACUGUCCAGUGCCGUGUCGCUGCCGCAGCUUAGCCAGAGCGAGGGGGAGGCCCUGGCCAACGCGCAGCCCGCCGUGACGCAAUCCCAAUCGCAGGUGUCCCUCGCGUGCCAUCAGGACGACGCGCUCUCGAGGAGCGCCAGCCCGGAGGACCGCGUUGGCUCCAAUCCGACCGGGCCGUCCGAGCCCCGCGAGGCCCCUUCCGUCGAGGAGCCUGACGAACCCCCACCUGCGUCCGGGUCUCCGGUUCCCAUCCAUGAGGCGGGACCGACGUCCACCGAGUCGUCGCUGCCAGAGACCGAGGUUCCGGAGCAAGACGCGGCGAGCGAGGAAAGGGGGCAGUCCACACCACCGUGCGAGGAUGAGCGGAGCGGGAAUGACUCCCCACCUGCACCUCCACGUCAACAAGACCCUCUGUCUGGAAGUCCAAUCUCCCAGCGAUCAUUCAGGUCGUCGACACCAGAGGCGGUCAUCAUGGCGGUGGAGCAAGCACCCCGUGAGGGAGGGCACGAGGAGCACAGCCCGACCCCGAGCCCGCGGAGCAGCACGAGCAGGGCGUCCAGCUCACCCGAGCCGCCGCUGCCGCCGCCCCCCGCACUGUCCACCAGCCCGGGCUCAAGCCCUCAGGGCUCAAGCCCUCACUCUAGCCCCAGCCCUCUGCGAGCUGCCAGCCCCGAGCGCCUCGAGCAGAGCGCCACCAGCGAGGAGUGUCCGUCUCCCCCAACUCCAGCAUCCCCCUGCUCGCCGACUCGUAGCAAUGAAGCUAGUCCGACCGCACCCACACCUUCGCCGCCUCCACCGCCAGCCUCCCCUGAGUCUACCGCGCGACCCCAUUGCCCGCUGGCCAAGCCCGAGGAGGACGCCGAUGAAGAGGACGGGGACGCGGCUUGCAGGGAAGACCUCUCCAAGGUGAUAGCUCCAGCAGCCUCUUUAAUUACGUCACCACGCCCCCACCUGCAGGUGUAGGACCAUUUAAGUCCUAAGUGGAUCAGACGGAAUUAAAUCAAGUAAUACAGUGAAAAGUCGUGGUGGCCAUGGGCUAAUGUCAUGGUUUAAGUUGACGUGUAGUACAUUGACAAAAACCAUCUCAUUGCAGUUGGGUUCAUCAUCAAAUCUUAUUUACUGUACUACUUAGGUAUUAAUUCCAAGUGCCUCUGUUUUUGUUGUUAUAUGUCCUUUGUAUAAUAGAUGUUAGAUCUGUGAUAUUUAUAAGGUAUUUAAAUAUUUUAUUUGAA